AUGACCACCAUCUCGCCGACCAAACGGCGUAUCCUCGGGUCAUUGAAUCCCAACGCGUCACCCUGCCAGAGCUCCAAGUCUGAGUUCGAAGGGCGCAUGGAAGAAGUGCAAGCAACUGAAUCAACUGUUCUUCCUGCAGGGUGUGAGAACAAUCGUCGUGAAGAGGAGCCGGCUAGGAAGAAGGUGUGCCUCGAUCUUCGGGGAGCACAACAGCACCAGCACCAGCAGAUAGGAGCUGGUAGUCAUGGCAGGAGAAAUCGGUCGAAAUCAGCCUCUCCUCCUACCGAGGCUACUGUCUUGUUGGGCAGGUCGACUACUACCGACCUUUCACAGUCCACCGACAUGAGACACGAGAGAGUUUCGUCUCUAUCGGUGCUACCAGCUCUGCAUCCAACCCGCGUGGCAGCCGAAGGAACGGCCCGGGCGGUUGCGGAGGUCCUGUCCGUUCCCAUGGCGACCCAAAUCGCUUACCCAGCCGGUCUUGUGGGCAACUUUAACAAUCACAGGCAACCAAAAAGGACAAAUAACCCCCGUCUUCGUUUCGUGAAUCAGGCGGCCAGACAGAAAGCGGAAAUCCUCCGUCUCCGCCUUAGCCUGGCCGCUUACAAGAUUCAGACGGGCCAGACUGACGUCCCGCUUGAGCAACUGGAGAUGCGUUCACUGCUACCGCUGGGGGGAUACCACCACAGCCAGGGACGGCUGGCGGAUGGUGGUGCCUCACCAGAAGCAGCAGUAGACAGACAUCAUGAUGGCAGCAACAGCAACCCAGCGAACUGGAGCUUCAUCAGCAAUAGUAGUACCAACAGCAACAGCAAUAGCCAAGGCCACGGUUACUUCCAGCGCGUGAACCACCUCCGACACGCCGCCGGAGCAGCUAUCGAAGCUGUCCAAGCGAAACAGGAGCGUCGAACGGCUUGGCGGGAGAGGGAACAGUACAGGGAAUGGUAUGAACAGUAUGGUCAUCAUUAUCAAAUUUCCACUUGGGAGAAUGCCGCCGCUGAGCAGGAUCAUGAUGGAUUUUCUAGGGAUCAAAGCCGACAGCGACAGCGGCGUCAGCAGCAGCAGCGCAAUCUUGGAAGCGGGAGUAAAUCACUGCCAUCCGAUCUGGGGGAUCGAGUAAGUGGGCCUGGUACUACGUUUAUGGGUUCAGGCACUAGUGUUAUCACGACCGCGGCCAUGACGACGACUACGACGACGUCCCCUCAUUUUAACCGCCUGGACCUUGCGGAGCGCGCGUUGCAGGCUCAUCAACGGCUUCAGUCGAGGGCGGUCACAGAAGAGCUAUUGAUGGACCAUGAGCAUGAGCAUGAGCAUGAGCAUGAUGAGAUUGACUCGGAGCCAAACUCUCAACAACUUACACACCACCACCAACCCCAACAGCAGCAGCGCCAUCGACAUCACCUGGAUAACGCCCACGAAGGGUGGGUAGUACGCCCUGCUCCAGAGAACGGUCCAGAGGUUGCCAAUGAUAUUGCUUCAGGACCAGGGAGGAGAGACCGGAAUGAUGACGAAGAGGAGGAGAGCAUACAAUCCAGAUCCAGGAGUUACCAGGUGGUGGGCCCCGGCCCGAGUUACUUCACUGAACCUGAGCUUGAACCUGAGCUACCCAGCCUGACGCCGUGCCAGUUGGAUGCCGGUGAAAAGGAAGAGCAAGAUGGAGAACGGAACGGGGAUGGAGAUGAGGCUGCCAGUGGGUUGUUGAGCUUGUCGAGGGGCUAAGGGCCGUCUAGCAUCACGUAAUAUGGAUCUGAAC